AUGAUACUUCCAAAACAUACGCGUUGGAAAAUAGUUGAAAAGAACUUGGAAGGCUUGUUAUCUAGAGUAAUUGCUAAACACUUGGGUGUUAGCAGGGCUUCUGUGGGUCGAGUUCUCAAGCAAUUUCAAAAGUAUGGCUGUGUUGAAGACUUACCAUCACUUUCAGGCCGAUCUAGUUUAUUAAACAUAGAUGAUAUCAAAUAUCUCAAAACUUUUAUGAAAGAAAAACCAGAUUGUCUUACGACAAUUUGGAGAGCUAUGCAUCGACUUGGAUAUACAAAUAAACAAGUAAGAAAUAAAGUUGAUAGAGAUAAUUUUGUUAUACGAAUAUCUCAAUAUACACUAAGUCAAUUAGUCUUUUCAGAUGAAUCUGCAUAUGAUCAAAGAACUUUAUCACGUUGUUAUGGUUGGAGUUUUUCAGGAUUACGUACUCAAAAAUAUAUAUUCUUUGUUAGAGAGAAACAAUUUACUAUUGAAGGUGUUUUAUGUAUCGAUGGUCUUUUGGCCUAUAGUAUUCAAGAAGGUUCAAUGAAUACUAAAGAUUAUGAUGAUUUUAUCGAAUUUGUUUUAAUUGAACAAACUUUUUUUUAUAUAAAAAAUUAUUUACAACAAAAUAAGAUUUGGGUUGAAUUAAUGCCUAAUCCUUUAGAAGUUUUAGAUCUUACUUGUAUGAUGAUUAAUAGAAAAUUAGCAUAUGCAUGUUAUCAAUAUUCUGUUGUUAAUAGAGAAAUUGUAUCAAUAGUAGAUGUAGAAGUAGAACCAAUUAUAGAUGUAGAGGUAGAAUUAACUAUAGAUAUAGAAAUAGAAUUAACUUCAGAUAUUAAAGUAGAAUUAAUUGAAUCAAUUGUAGAU